CCCGAGAUUUGAAAGUGAAGCUGUGUCAGGAACAGUGUGUGUGUGUGUGUUCUCACCCUGAUCCUCAGUGUGUGUUUGUGUGAGUGUGUGUGUUUUAGAUAAAGUGGGGACGUGGAUGAAGCUGAAGCCCGCUGUGACCUCUCGACGCCGCUGAGCUUCUCUCCACGUGAUGGAUGCAGAGGAUGUUCUGCAGGAUGAGGACCUGGACGCCUCGUGGACGCUCUUGUCCUGGCUGGCGUCCUGCGUCAUGGUGUUCGGGGGGGCCCUGCCCUACGUGCCUCAGUACCAGGAUAUCCAGAGGAGCUCCAACACUGAGGGCUUCUCCACCCGAGUGUGCCUGGUGCUGCUCGUCGCCAACAUCCUGCGCAUAUUCUUCUGGAUAGGAAAACAGUUUGAGGUGACCCUACUGCUCCAGAGCGUGGUGAUGAUCCUCACCAUGUUCGCCAUGCUCCACCUCUGCUGCACGGUCCAGAACACCAACCGAGUGAGCACCAGGCAGCACAGACUCACAGAUUUGGACUUCCGGUACUUCUGGAAGUGGAGUGCGUUCGAGGACUACCUGCUCUUCUGCUUCGGCUUCACGGUGCUGUGUGCGGUGGUCACCCUGCUGCUGCUCGACUCCCCGGUGUUCGUGGAGGCGCUGGGCUCCCUGGCUGUGAUGUUCGAGGCCAUGCUGGGCCUCCCGCAGCUCCUGCAAAACGUCCACAACGGCUCCACCAAAGGCAUGAGUGUGAAGAUGGUGCUGCUGUGGACGGCGGGCGACGUCUUCAAGACCGCCUACUUCGUGCUGAGCGAAAGCCCUUCUCAGUUCUGGGUGUGCAGCUCGGUCCAGAUCCUGAUCGAUGCGGCCAUCCUCCUCCAGGUGCCCUUCUACACCCAGGACACACGGGUCAAGCUCGGCUGAGCCCACGUGUUUCUCUGGGCUUUUUAAAAAAACAACCGGAACUGAAAGAGGAGAAGCAGAGUGCCAGAACAUGGUGGAAAAACCAAAGUCCAUGUGUAGAUUAGUUUUGGAAGUCAGGCUUUUAGUAAAAUAUUUUCUCUAGUAUCAUGCAGAACCAACCAAAGAACCAUUAAAUCAACAAGAUUUUUUUAAGUCACUUUUCUGCAGCCCUGCACUGGAAUCUACUGCUGAUGAGCCUCCUGAUUCCCACUCCACACCUCUCCGAUGGUCCUCAUGAUAUAUUGUGUGUGUUUGUGUGUUUGUGUGUGUCUAUGUGCCAGCGUGUUGGCUUGCUUAGUUGUGCGUCUGCACCCACGAUUGAUUUUUGCUGUUGGCAUCCAGCACCAAGCCAAGGCCACAGAACGAACAGCAGGCCACGGUGACUUCUGAAGAUGGGUCGUCCAUCUGUGGUACGACUCUGCUCACGUGGUUUGACUCACAAAGCACCGCACGUCUGUUUCCAAAGAACACGUGAGGACGCCGCCAUGUUUUCACUUUACCUCACAAAAUCCUUUGCAGACGCCAAAUAACAUGUCAGACAUGUUUCUUUAUAAAAGAUAUGAAAAUGUUACUGAAUAUAUUGUUAUAUAAAAGGAAAAUUACAUAUUUCUUUAAUGUUUAUUUUUGUCUAGAAAAGUCUGGAGUACCCUUUAUCCCAAUAUCUCAAAAAUAACUUUAAACCCUAUUUUAUCGGUAUCAUCAAACAAUAAUCAUUUACUUAACCUUGUUAUCUUUUGGGAACACUACCAGAGCUCCCAAUACACACAUGGAAGAGUGUGAAACUGGAGAUUGGCAAAUGUAAAUAAGUGAAUAUUUUAAAGACUUAGUAAUUAAGGACUAUAUAAAGCGGACAAAGAUCAGCACCUGAUUACUGAUUGGUUUAUUGAUUAUUUUUAGCCUGCGCCCGAUUCCAACCAGAAUACCCCCCCCCCCCCCC